UAAUGACUGUAAUGAAAACCAAAAGAUCCUCGCUAAACUUCCAGAUUGGCUAACUUCAAGAUGGAAUAGAAAGGUCAUAGACAUCUUAGAAGAAACUGAGACCUUUCCCAGCUUCAGUCAGUUUGUGAAGUUUCUCACUAGAGAAGCCAAGAUCGCUUGCAAUCCUGUAACAUCCCUUCACGCUUUGAAACCAAGCGAAGAUGGAAAACCUAAGACGCCAAGGAUUCAAAGCCCUGGAGCAAGGGUAUUAGCAACUAACUCUGAUGAGAAAGAUACUGUCACUAGUUGUGUCUUCUGUGAGAAGUCAGGUCAUAGUCUCCACAAAUGCUGGAAGUUUAUGGAUAAGCCCACCGCAGAGCGACAGAAGUUUGUUCAAGAGAAUAAAUUGUGCUUCGCCUGUUUAAGGCCUGGGCAUCGUUCGAAAGAUUGUGAUAACAGGAACACCUGUGACACGUGUCAGAGGAGGCAUCCAUCCUGCCUGCACGAAGAUCGUACUAAAGAAAGGUCAAGGGAUAGGAAGACAGAGCCCCCACAAGAUAAGGGGACAAGUGCGUCAAGUGAGGCCAUAUCUAACAGAGUCAUAAGGGACAUUAACACCACUCACACCUCCACAAUCAUUCCAGUAUGGGUGUCAACCACAAGCGAGCCCGAUCGUGAAGUUCUCGUGUAUGCACUUCUUGACACCCAGAGCGACACCACCUUUAUCCUUGAAGAGACAACAAAAGCUCUCAAUACAAGGAAGGAGCCAGUACAUCUGAAACUCUCUACAAUGGCUUCAAGGAAUACCAUCGUGCCCAGCCAGAAGCUGUCUGGUUUGCAGGUUAGAGGGUUUUACUUGGAGAAGAAAAUCCCUCUGCCAACGUCCUACUCGAGAGAGUUUAUUCCUGCAAACAGAGAUCAUAUUCCUACUCCAGAGACGGCAAGAGCAUGGUCUCAUCUUGAACACAUUGCAGAGGAGAUUGCUCCUCAACAGAGCUGUGAUGUCGGACUCUUAAUUGGCUACAACUGCUCCCAGGCUCUUCUUCCAAGAGAAAUUGUGUCUGGUAAGGGAAAUCAGCCUUUUGCUCAGAGAACAGACCUUGGCUGGAGCAUAGUCGGCUAUGGAAACCCAUGUAUCGACUAUGGCGACGCUAUUGGAGUGAGUCAUCAGGUGAUUGUUAGACAGGUGAUGCCAAGUCUUCAAUCUUCUUCCAACCUCACAAAUCAAGUACAUUAUGUUUGUAGAACACGCGUAAGAGAGGUAAUCACAGCACUGGACGUUAUCAAGACGCUUGAAUCCGACUUCAAUGAGAGAGCUACAGAAGAGGACCUCAUAUCUCAAGAAGAUAUCCGGUUCCUGACAAAAAUGAAAGCGGGCAUCAAACGCAAGGACAAUGGACAUUACGAGAUGCCGCUGCCGUUUAAGGAAGAAAGACCCAACCUGCCGAACAAUAAAACAUGUGCAGUUCACCGCCUCAAGUGCCUGGAAAGGAGGCUAAGGAGAGACAAGCAGUACUACAAGGACUACACAACAUUUAUGGAAGAGACCAUAGCUUGUGGAGAUGCUGAGAAGGUCUCCAAGGAAGAAAUUAACAAACAUCCAGCAUGGUACAUCCCACAUCAUGGGGUUUAUCACCCACAAAAGCCUGGGACGAUACGAGUCGUCUUUGACUGCUCAGCUAAGUUUCGAGAGACGUCCUUGAAUGACCAUCUCCUCACCGGUCCAGAGUUGACAAACACAUUGCUGGGUGUCCUUUGUCGUUUUCGUAAGGGUCCAGUUGCAAUCAUGUGUGAUGUAGAGCGCAUGUUCCACCAGUUUCAUGUGAAAGCAGAAGACCAAGAUUAUCUGCGGUUCCUUUGGUGGGAGAACGGAGAUCUAGAGUCUCAACCCUCAGUGUAUCGUAUGAAGGUCCACUUGUUCGGCGCAGCUUCAUCUCCUGGUUGCGCCAACUAUGGUCUCAAACAUCUCGCUGCCGAAGGACGAGGAAGCUUCAGCGAGAAGUCUAUCCAGUUCAUAGAAAGGAACUUUUAUGUUGAUGAUGGGUUGACGAGCGUAUCGUCUGAAACUGAAGCGGCCCAGCUGGUGAAAGAAGCAAGAGAGCUUUGCAGCAUUGCCAAACUUCGGUUGCACAAGUUUAUCUCUAACAGCAAGGAAGUUAUAGCCACAAUUCCCAAGGAAGAAUGUGCUGAGGGUGCCAAAGACCUGGAUAUGUCUCUGGGUGAACCACACAUGGAGAGGGCGCUUGGUGUACUGUGGUGUGUCGCAUCAGACGAGUUCCAGUUUAGGGUAGUUGUCAAGGAACGCCCACUCACAAGAAGAGGAGUGUUGUCUACAGUAGCCUCUGUAUAUGAUCCGCUUGGGUUUGUGGCACCCUUUGUCCUGGCAGGGAAGCAGAUCUUGCAGCAGAUGUGUCGUGACAAGAUCGACUGGGAUGACCCCAUUCCAGAUGACCUACGUUUCCAGUGGGAAUUCUGGCUCCAAGGUGUACAAAACUUGUCGGAAGUAAGGAUCCAACGAGGCUACUUGCCAUCAAGUUUCAAGGAAGUGCAGAGUUAUGAGCUCCAUCACUUCUCCGACGCUAGUACCUCAGGUUAUGGAGAGUGCUCAUAUCUCAGAACAAUCAGCACAGCAGGAGAAGUUCAUUGCUCCCUAGUUAUGGGAAAGUCGAGAGUCGCCCCUUCCAAGAUUACGACCAUACCACGACUGGAACUUUCAGCAGCGGUGGUAGCUGUUCGAACAAGUGACAUGCUCAAAAGGAAGCUAGAGAUACAAGGUCUACAGGAAUACUUCUGGACAGACUCGAAGGUAGUUCUUGGCUACAUCAACAAUGAAGCCAGAAGAUUCCAUGUCUUUGUAGCUAACCGUAUCCAACGCAUUAAGCAAAGCACAGAUCCCGAACAAUGGAGAUAUGUGACCUCUGAAGAGAAUCCUGCGGAUCAUGCUUCCAGAGGUAUCACAUCAGAACAGCUCAUGGCUUCCAACUGGUUCACAGGUCCAGACUUUCUUUGGCAAGAAGAACUUCCCAAAGGACAAGUCAAGGGGGGAGAUUUCUCAGACACUGACCCAGAGCUGCAUAAAUCCCUGGUCCAUGAUACCCAGGCAAAGGAAGAAAGAUCGUUACUAGAUCACCUUCACAAAUUCUCAGACUGGGCAAGAGUGGUAAAAGCUAUUGCCAGGCUCAAACGACGUGUCAAGGAAGCCAUAGGCUUAAAAUUGAGGUCCAGUGAAGCUACAAGCAUAGAAGAAAGGAGAGAGGCAGAGCUCACCAUUAUAAGGAUGGUUCAAGAAGCAGCCUUCUCCCAUGAGAUACACAACCUUAGGCACCAGAAAGACAUCAAGACCAAAGAUAAAGCAAGCAAGUUGCAUAAAUUGAGUCCAUUCCUGGAUGAGAGAGGUAAACGCAUCACAAAACCCACCUAUCUGGAGAGGCCCAUCCAUAAGACAGUCACCCUCCUGGAAGCCGAUCAAAAAACCCUGCAGACCCCUUUCACAGAAAUCACAGGUGAUUGGUGGGAGUGUAACUGACAGUUAAUCUGUAAGUCUAUGUCGUUGUUUUUUGUUUGAAUUGUUUACGUGUUCGCUAUGCGGAGGAAAUGAUAAGACAGGUGGAACUACGUGGCUAAUAACUGUUGCAACGGGGAUCAUUAUCGUAGCAACACAUCUUUGGGGGUGAAGGCUUUCCCGCGCGAUGUUAGCUAAGUUUUCAUGUUACCGGGUGUAGUUCGUAAAGGUUGAUAUGUGUAUGUUAGGAUGAAGCGUGAAUUCAUGCCAGGAAUAAUAAGUGUGAAGUUUGAUUUCCUCCCUUCUGUAAUAAGCAGCCAAUGAGUUCUCACGGAAGGUGAUAAUUCUGACUAAACUACAGAAUAAAGCCGCCAGUAAAAAUCAAGGAACGGUUGUGCUCGUGGUUACUGGAGGGAG